AUAUAUUUAUAUAAUAAUAUUUACAUUGACCUGCGUUAUAUAAAAAAUCAAGUCUUCUGAGCAUUAAUUCACAAUACUUGUUUAGCUAUGGCAUUGACGCACAGUUUCUUUUUUGGUGUCCUAUAUUUAUCUUUUACUGUAUUAAAUAUUUUAGCUGAUGGUGAAUGUGAUCCAUCAACUUGUCCAGGACCUUUACAAUACUACAAAGAUCUUAAGUGUAAGCCAAUUUACAAGACUCCAGAUAGUUGUUGUCCUUAUAAAUUUGAUUGCGAUCAUUUAAAAUUGAGGUCAAAAGAAAAAUGUAUUGUUAACGAUCACGAAUAUGCGAAAGGAGAUUCACUUAAAGAUGAAGACGCAAAUCCUUGUGAUAUUUCUUGUACAUGUGAUGAAACUCUUGGAGUAGCACAAUUUUCCUGUGCUGCAGUAGAUUGCCCUGAAGAUGGUUACAUAAAUGAAACAUGUUAUGCACGACAGAAUGCUGCUGAUUGUUGUGGAGGUGAAAUAGUUUGUCCCGAAAACCCGGAAGAUAGACCAACGUGUGAAGUAGAUGGUAAAAUUUAUAAAGAUGGUGAAUACUUUAAGCCGUCAUCGGAACCAAAUAAAAACUGCUAUUGUGGUCCUGGUUACACAGGACAAAAUAUUGAGCCUUUUUGUAAAACAAACGCAUAUGAAUGUGGAGCAGAAUUACACCAUGCUUAUGAAAUUUAUAAUGAUUGUGUGCCGACUUACUAUAGUUCUCAAUCACCACAAAAUGAUUGUAGUGUUGCUUACAGAUGCCAAAAUGACAAAGAUGAAGUUAUUAAACGACUUAAGACACCUGAAGAUCCUGAAAUGGAUGUGACUUGUAAAUUUGGUAAUUUGAUAAUGAAUUAUGGAGAUGAACUUAAUCAAGCUACCGGUUACAGUUCAGUGUGUGUUAAAUGUGUUUGUGAAGUGGGUCCAGUUCCUACUUGUCAACGUUUACCUGACAGCGAAUGUGACGUUACAGUUCAUCCACCUUUUGAUGAAUAGCCUUAAUUGUCAAAA